CUUAAAUAUUCCAAGUUGUCUUCUUUUCCACCAUUUUCACUUCCCGCACUUUCUUCUUCUCACUCACUUCCUCGUACGCCUCACCACCCUCACUUCUUAAAACCCACCAUUUCUGCUCCUCUAAUAAAACAGAAAAGGGAAUGGAAGCCAGAACUUAUCAUCAAUCGAGCCAAAAGAAGUGAAAGAGACAAACCGGAAAGAGGAAAAAGAGAAAGACGGAAAGAGAAGGACUAAGAUGUCAGAAGUUACACCACCUACCGAAGAAGUAGUGAAGGCUUUAUUGGAUUACUUAGUAGACCCAAUGUUACCUUUGAAGGUCUCUCGCAAGAAUCCUCCACUUUCUGAUCAGAAGUCUGUGGCUAAGCAGAUGCAUGCAGUUGUGCUACUUUACAACUACUAUCAGAGGAAGCAGCACAAAGAAUCGCGUUUUUUAGAGUAUGAACCAUUUUGUCAGUUGGUACUAAAUUUAAAACCAGCAUUAGCAUCCCACAUGAAUUUUGCGCAUCAAGGUGAAACUACGACAUCGAAGGGCUUGGGAAAUCAGCUUUCAUUGACAGAACAAGCUAUCAUGGAUGCAUGCAGUAUAUCUAUGUCCUUAGAAACUUUGGGGGAUGCUGAAAAUGUAGAAGAAUGGCCUAUCAGAAAAGUUUCAGUUCUACUAAUAGACUCUAAGAAAGAGAACUGUUUGCUGCUAUACGAUUCCAUCACUAAUGGUGUUUGGUCUGUUAUUGAAGAAUUUCUUAAUGUCUCCGAUAUAGAUUCAGAAUUCUCAAUGAGAGAAGGGGGAAGGACUUCAACACACAAAUAUGAUGCCAAGGAUUCAGGCUUUGAACAGGUUGCUUUUUCAGCAGUUGAGAAAGCUACAGGAAUCCUUCAGUCUGAACUCAUGGUUUUGGAGAGGCAUGUGGUAUACUCCUUAAGCAAAGAUAAAACAGCUUCUUGUUUCUACAUUAUGCAAUGCAUCCAGUCCAGCCAAGACUUUGAAAUCCCUAUCAAAGAUACAAUUGAGAGUUUGCAGGGCCCACUUUUGAGAUGGAGUUCUGGUUGCUGGACACAAACCCAAGUGGUCGAGUAUUAUAAUGUGCUUCCUUAUGCCAAGGUUAUGUCUAGAUGGUGCUCAAGGGAAUUUAUUCCGAAUGGCUUAGCGAGUUUGGAUGUUAGCAGCUUGGAGAAAUUCUAUGAGAAUCGCAGUGAGGAAUUUGCUGAAAGUAGGCAAGCCAUCUCAAAUGCUUCGCAGAAUUAUUGUACUGGAUUGGAAGACAUAGUUGAUAAAAGAUCUUUAAUGUUGGAAAGCACAUGUUAUCAGGAAUUCAGUAUGUUUCCGGUCUUCUGUGAUCGAAGCUACAAUGAUGCCAAAUCCAGCGGUACUGAGGCCAUUGCUGAUGAAAUCUCUAAGCUAGUGGAGAAAGAAGCUGAAGACAUUGAAAUUUCAAGUGUCUCACUUGCUGAGGAAAGCUCUCAGAAAGUAAAGAAAGAAGCUCGAGAAAUGAUCAGUUCUGAUCAAUCCUUUGGUGUCACUCACCCAGCUUUGGAAAUGGUGGUAAAUAGCAUUGAUGCACAGCGUAGUGCAAAAGAAUCAAAUGGUACUGAUGAUUUUAAAUUGGAAGCUAUGGAAAGUGAAGUAAAUAAUAAUGCCGUAACUCGGCCUGAAGGGCAAAUGUCAGAAGACUGCAAUAAUGUGCCAUGUACGGGCAAAGACAAACUUAAUUCAGAUAACUUUCAGAUGGUAGAUAUGGAAAUUGUGAAAACUGAAAAAUUAGAGAACAGUUCGGACAUCACUCCCCCAAAUGCAGGACAGUUAUCCAUUGGUGCAUGUUAUGAGGUGGAAAUUGAUACUGUUGAAUGCAACCUAGGAGAGAAAGUUGAAGGAACUGAAAUUUCCAAAAAGUUUGUUAUAAAUCACUCAAUGGAAAGUAAAGAAAAUGCUAAUGCUGGUAAGCCUUUCAAAAUUACUCAGUUAGAAGGGAGAGAGUCGAUAAACUGCAAAGAUGCACAAUGUAUCAGCAAAGAGAAUAUUGUUUCAGGGAAUGAUGAGAUAGUAGUGAUAGAAACCAAGAAUUCAGAAAAAUCAGAUAACUCUUUGGACGCUGGUCACCCAAAUGCAAGACAAUUGGAGAUUGGUGUUUAUUGUUCUCUGAAUAGUGAUCCUGUUGAGUGCAACAGAGGAGAGACCGAAGUUGAAAGCACCGAAAAUUCCAAAAAGUUGUUGGAUUCCAAUCACUCAAUGGAAAGUGAAGAAAAUAAUAACGUGGGAAAGUCCGUAGAAAUUGCUCAACCAGAAGGGCAGCUGUCAGAAAACAGCAAUAAUGUACCAUGUACCAGCGGAAGGAAAACUGAUUCAGAGAACUUUGAGAUGGUAGAGAUAGAAAUUGAGAGAAUAGAAAAAUCUGAUAACUUUUUGGAUAUCCCUCACCCAAAUUCAGAACAGUUACAGGAUGGUGUAUGUUGUGAAAUAAAAACUGAUACUUUCCAGUGCUACAGAGGAGAGAAUGAAGUUGAAAUAACUGAAAAUACCAAUAAGGUAUUGGACAUCAAUCACUCAGCUGUCGAACUUUUAGAAAGUGAUCUUUUCCUUCACAUUGGUGAAGGGACCAUUUGUACUGACAACUCUACACAAACGGAGCUAGAAGUUGAAGAUAUAAAUAGAUCUGAGACAUGCCUUAAGAUCACCCAUUCAUCAUUUGAAGAGUUGGGAAACACUGUAAAUGGAAAUUCCUGGGGCAAAGAAACAAGUGGUGACAAUUCUGAAAAGACACAGAGAUUAGUUAUAGAGACUGAAAAAUCUGAUAGACAUUGUGAUGAUGUAAAGUGCCAGGGAUUGAGCAGUAAUACUUUAGAAGAUUCAAAACAAUGUCCUAGUCCUAAUCUACAGGCUAUCCAGUAUGCUCCCAGAAAGAGACAAAAAAUGCAGAAAAAUGAACUUAUGGAUUUUCUCAACAGACACAAAGAUCAAAAUCUGGAGGUGCCUAAUCGUUUUUACCAUCACCGGAAGCGGAAGCCUGCUUUGGAGAGUGGUUCUUCUUCUUCCGUAGCUGGUACCAGCAUAGAUGUUGACACAGCUGGUACUCCAAAAUCACUUUCUUGUAAUUUUAGGAAAGAAAAUGUUGCUGAAAAUAGCAUCAAUGCAGCAGAUUGCGGAAUAAUUUCUACAAUUGCUGAGAAGGACCUAGAAUUGACACAAACUGCUCUAAAUGUUCUUUUCAGUAAAAGAACUAAACUGUGUCUUCAGAAGCGUAUGAUACAAGAUGAGGUUGUCCAUUGUGACCAAAAUAUUCAGAAGAUUUUAGAAGGUACAGUGCCUAAAUUAAAUCAUGAUAGUAGAUUUUUAAUGCAAUGUGUAAUUGCUUUUAUUUCACGGAACAAAACAAUGUGGAAAUUACGAAAGUGAGCUGUAGUUACGCUAGGGGUGGACAUCACUGAAAACAAUGAGGGUCAAAUUCCUUGUGUAAGUAAAACCUCAAAGCAAACUAGGAUAUCUUCUUUAAUUACUUAGUUUUCGUUUUUCUUUCCAUUAUUGGUCUCUGGCAUGAUGUUUUGUAGUUUCCGUAGGAAUUCCCCCCAUCAGUUUAGCUCUUGAGGUCGAGAAAGUGAUGCAGACUUAGAUAUAUACCAUAAAAUAAUCAAUCUCGUUUUGAUGUCCCAUUGGAGCCAUCCUAAAUAAUAUUCUUUCGGUAAAUGCUGAUAAAUGUCUUCUUUAUUGUUUGUCUAUUUACGGAUCAACUUGUAUUUUCUAAAUGUUCACGUUAAAAUGCCUUCUCUAGUUAAGUAAAACUUUUAUAGUGAGGUGAUGUGCUUGAUUGUGGGGUUUCGUAUCUUAUUUCUUUUCUUAUAGGGUUUGGUAGGUUGGGUUCAGUGUCUUUGACUAGAUGUAAUCCACAUUGAAAAGGCAAUUGGUGAUAUUUUAGGUGUGACUAUGAAGAGUUUCUACGGUUUUACUGCUUUCUAUCAUUCUUUCUUAGAAUAUAGAGGAAUUUCCCUGAGAUGAAGGUCCUAGAUGGUAUGAUGUACUUUCUUCAGCAUAUAUGCUAUUAUAAAUGUGAAAUAUUGAGUUUGUUCUAUGAAGAAAAAUUAUAACAGUCAAAGUUCAUUCGUUUGUGUUUUUGGAUCUUAAAGAAAAGAUUCAGCUUGGUUAUGUUUAUCGCUGCUGACCAUUCAUCUCUGUGUUUUUCUUUUUCUUUUUUUUUUUUUUUUUAUUGUGGCUUUUCUUUUCAUAUGACAUUAGGCAAGGAGGAUGCUUUAGCUCUCAAAUUAGAUGCUGUUAUAGAGGGUUGCAAGAAGAUGCUUAAAAUAGGAGAGUUUACUUUCAAUGUGGAUCAAGAAGUAUGAUGCAAUUCCUAGCCUGCAGCCUCCAAGUUAGACAAGCAAAUUAAUCUGCCCAACUUGCACUGGAAAUUCUUUUAUCUUUUGUUUGGGAAUAUGCCUCUUGUUUGAUUUUAGUUUGACUCUUUGUGCGCUGCCAAAUGGACCAGGAUCGAAGAUUUGAAAUGGUAAAGCUGUAUAUUUUUAGGUUUUCUGCAGCUGUCAUUGUGUUGUUUCUUUUAAUCUCACCAUUUAGAAAUCUUCUGUUAAAUUCAUUGUUGUUUAACUUAAUUCAGCCGGUUCAACUAUUUUGACCUGAAAUGGAUCAUUAAGUGGAAG